ACACUAGCGGGAGCAACGCCGUAUAAUAAUAAUAAUAAUAAUAAUAAUCGACAAAAACAAAAUAACUUCCGGACAUCCAAUUAAAUAUAUUUCGCCGAUGGAUUUUUCAAACCGUUGCCGUGGAUGCCUUUCAAAUGACGAAGACACUCUACGUCCAUUGGGAGAUUCGUCCACUGCCAGUCUAUUCGAAGAAUGUAUCGGAUUAAAGGUAUGUGACGGACCGGGACUACCAUGGAACAUCUGUGGUCCCUGCUACGGGAAGUGCACUUCAUGGAGUAAAUUCAGACAGCAGUGCUUAGAGACGGAUGCUCUGCUGCGUUUUAAAUUUGGUAAUCUGGAAAAAGCCCCGGCGGAAAUAGCUAUCGAUGCAGAUUUUUUAGAGCGAAAGUCGCGUGACAGUGAACCACCAGUACCGUCUUCAGAAAUCGUAGAUCAAGAGUAUGAAAUCAUUGGAACGGAACCAGAAAUCGAAGAAAACAUUCAUGAGGGAGCGCAAAAACUUCAACAGGAUUUGCACCAUGAAAUAGAAAUAGAAAUUGCCGAGGAAUACGAGGUAAAGGAAGGGAUUGUAGAGGAGGAAGUACUAGAGGGGUUUUUCUUGACGGAGGAGGAACAGUUGCAGGAGAUUGCUGAUACCGAUGGGGUAAAUACAAAUGAUGAAAUCAAUGAAUCGACUGACAAAACAGAUCAGAUAGUACAGAAGAGAAAAGAUUACAGCUGUGACAAAUGCAAUUUGCAAUUUCGUAGUACCUUACGGUACGAAGCACACCAGCGUCAGCAUCAAGGAUUGAAGCCAGAAGUAUGUAGAAUUUGCAAGGGAGAAUUCAACAGUGCUAGGGCACUUUGGCGCCACAUGCAGAAGCACGUAGAUACGAAAAAGCAUGUUUGUAAAGAUUGUGGUAAAAGUUACAAAUUUGCUACAUCCUUGACACUGCAUCGCAAAAGCCAUCGCGAUGUUCCUAGACAUAUUUGUGACACAUGUGGCAAGUCAUUCCUCAGAGCCCAUGGACUGAAGAGCCAUCUUCUGACCCACACGACUGAAACUCCCUUCGAAUGCGAUAAAUGUCAAAAACGAUUCAAGAAUGAGAUCAUGCUUCGAAAUCAUGUGUUUCGAGUGCACGAGGGGACGAAAAAUUUCAACUGCUCAGAUUGCGAUAAAGCUUUCACUACUGGAGCCGAACUGAAAAUCCACCAACGAAGUCAUACCAACCAGAAACCCUUCAAGUGCUCCUCAUGCGAUAAAUCUUACAAAACGCAAAGCCACCUUUCGGUUCACUUCAGAGCAAGCCACACGUCGGACCGCCCUUACGCUUGCGAUCUCUGUCCGCAAACAUUUGCCCACAGCAAGGUAUUGAAGCAACAUAGGCUUACCCACACCGGUGAGCGACCCUGGCCCUGCACAAUAUGCCACAGGUCAUUCCGCCAGAAAAGUACACUAUUAACACAUACUAAAACGCAUAGUAAAGCAAGCCCAACCGAGGAAAUCUCCCACGAAUCUGUAGUUAAGCUACCUCAAACAUUAACAACUUUAGAAUAGAAUAAAGGAUGGUCAUCACAAAACAAAAAUAUAGA